UAGAAAUUCUUCAUUUUCUUUGAAUUUCACAAAUGGCGGGUCUUUUCUCUACUCUAAGAAGACCCACCAACAUUUCUUCUUCGAAUUUUCAAUCAUCCUCUGUUUUUGCUUCUCGUUUUCUCUAUUUACUCACCGUUAUUUCUGUAUCGCUUGCUGUUUUCGCUUUCGUUCUUCAAUGGCGUGGCGGGUUACCCGACCCGACUACCCGAUGGAUACCCGGUGACGAUCCGAAUGAGGCUGGGUCGAAACCCGUACGGUUAUCGUCUUCUUCGUCUGGUUGUGCAGAUAUCCUUGGACAGAGCCGUACGGCGUCGUUUCCGUAUUUCAGGGAUUGGAAGUUUAAUUUCGGGUCGAAUCUUAGACCGAAGAUAUCAAUCACUACAAGUACGUCCGCUGGCUUAGAGCAGAUCCUGCCCUGGAUGUUUUAUCACAAGGUUAUUGGCGUAACAAACUUUUUCCUGUUUGUGGAGGGAAAAGCUGCAUCUCCCAAUGUAUCUAAAGUGCUAAAAUCUAUUCCAGGAGUAAGAGUUAUAUAUAGAACAAAAGAGCUAGAGGAUGUACAAGCCAAAAGUCGGAUUUGGAAUGAAACUUGGCUGGCUGGAUUCUUUUACCAACCAUGCAACCACGAGUUAUUUGUCAAGCAGACUCUUAACAUGGAAAUGGCCAUCGUCAUGGCAAGGGAAGCUGGCGUGGACUGGAUCAUUCAUCUUGAUACCGAUGAGCUAAUGCAUCCAGCUGGAACUAGUGAGUAUUCUUUACGGAGACUUCUGGCAGAUAUACCUGAAGAUGUCGACAUGGUCAUAUUUCCUAACUAUGAGAGCAGUGUUGAGAGAGAUGAUGUGAAGGAACCUUUUAGUGAAGUCUCGAUGUUCAAGAAGAAUUAUGACCAUCUCACAAAAGAAAUGUACUUUGGAAACUACAAGGAAGCAACUCGUGGUAAUCCUAACUACUUUUUGACUUAUGGAAAUGGCAAAUCAGCUGCUCGAGUUCAAGAUCAUCUUCGUCCUAAUGGUGCUCAUAGAUGGCACAAUUACAUGAAAAGUCCAAAAGAGAUCAAACUGGAAGAGGCUGCUGUUCUGCACUACACAUAUCCCAAGUUUUCAGAUUUAACUUCACGACGAGAUCGUUGUGGAUGUAAACCUACAAAAGAAGAUGUGAAAAGAUGCUUCAUGCUAGAAUUCGACAGAGCUGCUUUUAUAAUAGCUUCAACUCUGACAGAGGAGGAGAUGCUUCACUGGUACCGUGAACAUGUUGUUUGGACGGAUAAAACACUCAUCCAGAAGCUUAUCAAGAAGGGCAUAUUGACGCGCAUAUAUACUCCCAUGGCCAUUGUGCAGGGUUUGAAGGAAUCUGGCAUUUUCGUUUCUGUUAUUGCUUCAGCACAUAGAGAUAUCAUAAAAGAUGAGUCUUUUUCUUCUGCUGGAAACAGAAAUGCUCCCGGAUAUCCUCAUAUUACUGAUACUUUUCCGAGAAAGAUGGGUCGUAUAUUGGAACCUCAAUCAACUGCAAGGAAAUUCGUGGAGUUCAGUAAAACUGAUCGUCAGGCAAUUCCACCCGAAUCACCUCCUGGCAUGGAUGGAAUUGAUCUCACAGUUACAAAAUACCUUCUGAAGAAUAGUUCUUCUUGAAGAAGUAUACUUACAUACCCCUC